AUGUCUUCGGGACAUAAUGACCCUAAGCUUCUGUACGCCAUCAAUGGCGUCCAGGCUUACCACAUUUCCAAUGGCGUGGAAGAGUCUCUGACGCCCGCUGGCCCUCAGACCCUCUCCCUCUUAAUGGUGCCGACUUCGUCACCGUUCGCAGACGCCUCCGGCACCACUGGCACAAACACUCCACCCGAAGACUUCUACUUGCACCUACACCUCCCACCCGAGCUCGAUCUUCCUCUGCCAGCCACUACCCAGAUCUAUCACCAACCUCCCAGAAGCUACCUCAUCCCCCGUUGGGACUUGGGCCCCGACAGCGGUGCCUUUACCCGCCUUGAGUUUCCGGACACGGGCAGCCGUCAAGGUCUUCAGGAGGAUGUCGACACUUUUGAGACCAUCCUGGCCCAAUGUACUGCCUUUCUCGAACGCUCUCCGCCUCCGAAGAAGGCAGCCAAGGCUGAUAUUCCUCCUGUCUCUACAACCAGGGCUGCAGAGAAGGAUCUAUCGGGGGCUUCUGGAUCCGAGCCACUGCCUGCAUACAACCCCGCGGACUAUGAACCAGGCCAGGCUUACGCGCAAGGUAGCCACAGCCUGCAUCCGGGUGGCAGGAUUGUCCUGGUCGACGAGGAAGAUGGUAGUGUCAUUGGCGAGUUGACCGAGGGAUAUCAAGUCGAUGACAGCGGUAUCAAGCACGGAUCCAAAGAUCCUGUCGAAAUCACACUUCCCUCUGAUAGCACCCAGGCUGUCAAGGUACAGCCAGCAUCCCAGGAGUAUGUCGAGAUGGUGAUGCAUCCUUCGUACAAGAGGUCAUUCCUCGUGAACAACGCUUCGAAGGCAUCCAGACUGAUCGUUACAUCAUCCGAUCUCAUCGCCAAGGGCUUGCAGAGCGGCGCCGACACCUUUUCGCAGAAGACCAAGCCUGUGUCAAAACCUGUCACGUUCACGCCCGCAGCACACGACCGAAUUCGUAGAAUCAACACCUUCUCGUCAAAGGCUGCCGGUCUGUCGGCAACGACGGUCACUCACAUUGGAAGGUACGCGCAGAACUUCGGUGCUUCCCUUAGUAGGAAGAAGGACGGAAGCGGUAGAGGCUAUGACAAGGACGGUCACGUAGUCGAGUCUUACAAACCUGGGCUGCUGAACAAGAGUCUUAUGGCCUUCAACACCGUGGCCGAUGGUAUCGAGCAAGCCGGCAAGAACCUUCUGGGUGGUACUGCCUCGAGUGUUUCACAGGUGGUCGAGCACCGGUGGGGCUCUGAGGCCGGUCAGGCCUCGCGGAACAUUGGUGGUGGCUUCAAGAAUGUUGGUCUUGUCUACAUUGAUGUCACCGGCGUCUCCCGGCGAGCCAUUCUGAAGAGUGUGGCGAAGGGCAUGGUAGUCGGCAAGGUGGGCAACGGAGGUGGUCAGAUCAUUGUGGGCGGCGGCGACGGUGGCACUGUCUCCCCAGGCACACUGGAGAGGAACAACAGCAACACGAACAUCAGCGGGGCCGCGAGCAUUCACACUGCUUAUGAAGGUGGCAGCAGCAAGGGCAAGAAGCCCAUCUGA